ACUCGCUCAAAAUGGUUUCGAUUCGGUUUUUGUUCCUGGUGGUGGCUAUCACCGCGCUUAUCGGUGGCACCCAAAGUGCAAAUAUUCUGGGACUCUUCCCGAGCCUCAGUCCCUCGCAUUUGAUCAUCCAAAUGUCCGUAGCUAAGGUGCUGGCAGAGAGGGGACACAAUGUGACGGUGGUCACGGUCCUGAAGCCAAUGGUUACCCACAAGAGCAUUAAUGUGAUCACUAUACCCCUCACCAAGGAAGAGGCGCAACGGAAGAGUGAUAGCAUUAAGGAGAUGUCUAAAAACGAUAAUAGCAACAUGGUGGUAUCCAUGCUGCGUAUGUCGGGACAGAUGGACUUCAUGUUCAAGAAGAUGGCAGAGGCUCUAAAACACGAACGGGUUAAAGAUCUGUAUCUAAAUAAGAACAAUAAGUUCGAUCUGGUUCUCUCGGGCUACUUUAUGAACGACUUCCAGCUUGGAUUUGCAGGAAAGGUAAAUGCACCGUUCAUCAUUGUUGCCACUAUGCCCCCAAAUCAGAUGGUGAACCCAUUGAUCGGAAAUCCUCUGGAGGUCUCCUAUGUGCCUUCCAUGGACGACUCCUUGGAGAAAGCAACGGGCAUGAGUUUUCGUCAGCGUUUGCGCAGCUUAUUUGCCAGUCUCUCCUUCAGAGUACUAUCACACUUAUUUUAUAAACGAAAUCAGAAUUUGUACAAGGAUCUCUUUGCCGAUGACCCCAAUAUUCCCGAGCUCUCGGAAAUGGUAAAAAAUACAUCCAUGGUGUUCUUUGCCUCUCAUGCGCUCAGUGAGGGACCGAUCCGACCCAAUGUCCCUGCAGCUAUCGAAAUUGGAGGCAUCCAGGUUAAGGACAAGCCGGAUCCCCUUCCGCAGAAUAUGGCCGACUUCCUCGGCAAUGCCACGGAUGGAGCCAUUCUCCUAAGUCUGGGCUCCAAUGUGAAGGGCAGCCAUAUCAGACCAGACACGGUGACCAAGAUGUUCAACGUUCUCUCAAAACUGAAGCAAAGAGUCAUCUGGAAGUGGGAAGACCUGGAGCAGACACCGGGUCAGUCGGAGAACAUCCUGUACUCCAAGUGGCUGCCGCAGGACGACAUCCUCGCCCACCCGAAGAUCAAACUCUUCAUCAAUCAUGCCGGAAAAGGUGGUAUUACUGAGGCCCAGUACCAUGGCAAGCCGAUGCUCUCGUUGCCCGUUUUUGGAGACCAGCCAGGAAAUGCCGAGGCAAUGGUCAAGAAGGGCUUUGGACUCACCCAGAGUCUCCUUACACUGGAGGAGCAGCCUUUCCUCGAAGCCAUUCAGGAGGUUUUGACAAACCCACAGUACGCCAAGAAGGUGUCUACGUUUUCCUCCCUCUACCGGGAUCGUCCCAUGUCCUCAAGGGAGCUGGUGGUCUACUGGUCGGAGUACGUGAUUCGUCAUCAUGGAGCUGUCCACCUUCAGAGUCCACUGGUUCACAUGAACUGCAUAGCUGCCUACAACUUGGAUUUAUAUGCUCUAAUCGCUGUUAUACUAGUUAUUGUCUUACUGCUUUUUAAGGCGCUAGUUAAAUGCCUUUAUAGGAAGUUUGUGUCAAAGUCCAAGGCGGCCAAAAAGCAAAAGACACAAUAAAGCCCUUUGUUCAACCUAUGUUAAGCAAAUACUCUAUUAUUAUAUAGGAAAAAAAUAAAUAAAUUGUAU